AUGACUCAAAUUCUCACUCCCGCCGAUGUGCAACUGCACAACACAAAAGAGGACCUCUACAUGAUCAUCAAUAACAUUGUCUACGAUGCGACAUCAUUCGUAGAAGAGCACCCCGGUGGAUAUGACGUCCUCCUCGAAGUCGCAGGCCAGGACGCAACAGAAUCCUAUAUCGCAACCGAUCACUCCGAAGAAGCCGACGACAUCCUCUCCGACCUCAAGAUAGGGACUCUAGACCUUUCCGUCAAACCCACAGAUGUGAAAAACGCGGUGAAGAUAGACACGGUCGAAAUACAACCCGAAGUCAUAGAAGGCAUCGAGCCGCCGCCAGCCGUCCUGACACAGGCACCUGCGAAAGAAGAUGUGAAUGUGGACACCAUAAGGAUACUCAAACCAGACAUCUUCCAAGAGUUUAAGUUGGAGAAAAAGACGGAAAUUUCGCACAAUGUCGCUAUAUACCGCUUCACCCUCCCUUCUCCAACCUCAACAUUCGGCCUUCCCAUUGGACAACACAUCUCCAUCGGCGCUUUCCUCCCCCAACCCGACGGCAGCACCAAAGAAGUCGUACGCUCCUAUACCCCCAUCUCCGGCGACCACCAGCCCGGCUUCUUCGACCUCCUCAUAAAGACUUACCCUGGCGGCGCCAUAACACAGCACGUCUCCGCCCUUAAUAUCGGCGACGUGAUACGCGUGCGCGGGCCAAAAGGCGCGUUCAUGUACACCCCCAAUAUGGUGAGGAGGUUUGGGAUGAUUGCGGGAGGCACGGGCAUUACGCCGAUGCUGCAGAUUGUAAAUGCCAUCAGGAGAGGGAGGGCACAGGGGGAUAAGACGCAAAUUGAUCUGAUUUUUGCGAACGUAGAUGAGCAGGAUAUCCUGCUUAAGGAGGAGCUAGAUGCGUUAGUGAGAGAGGACGAGGGCAUCCGGGUAAACUACGUUCUCAACAACCCGCCCGAGGGAUGGACAAGCGGUGUGGGAUUUGUGUCGAAGGAGAUGAUCGAGAAAUGGUUGCCCCCGCCCGCGUCAGACGUUAAGAUCUUGCUUUGUGGACCGCCGCCUAUGGUCGGCGCGAUGAAGAAGAUAACGGAGAGCUUAGGGUACGAAAAGGCAAGGCCGGUUAGCAAGUUGGAGGAUCAGGUGUUUGCUUUCUAG